ACGGCCCAUGUAUUACCUGGAGCUGGUGUUGGGCCAGUUUAGUGGCCGGGGACCCAUCAAAGUCUGGAAAUGUGUGCCGGCGCUCAAAGGCAUAGGUUUCGCGCAAAUGUUUUCCACGGCUUAUAUCAUCAUUUUCUACAACUACUUAAUGGCGUUAACCAUCUACUACUUCACCCAAUCUUUUCAAGACCCGCUACCCUGGACUGAGUGCCAACCGGAGUGGUCGCCCACCGGCACCUGCAGUGCCAACACCACCACCACUACAUCUCCCAUAAGCUCUGCGCCAGACAUUAGGUUCUUAGGCGACGACGACGCCAUUCAGUCCCAGAAAUCAUGGGCUGAACUUUACUAUGAGUUAGUGAAGCACGUGUUGCACAGGUCGUCCGGUUUGGAUGACAUGAAUUGGAUCAGCUGGAAGCUAGUUUUGUGUCUCAUGGGCUCCUGGGUUAUGGUCUACCUCAGCAUUAUUAAGGGCGUCAGUUCCAUGGGAAAGGUGGCCUACUUUACGGCAGUAUUCCCGUACGUGGUGUUGAUCGCACUGUUAGCCGUGGCGCUCACUACGGAC